AUGAAUAAGAAAGAGGAGGAGUGUUCAAUCUCAACUCUUCCCGAAGAAUUAUGGGCUGUUAUAGGACAAAAACUCAACACUACUAUUCAUGUUAUUCAAUUUCGUAGUACUUGCAGUCUAUGGCGUUCUCUUGUUCCUCUUCCACCUUCAUCUCCUAACCUUUGCAUUCCCCAUCACUUAUGUUCUCUACUACAAACCAAAAUAUAUCGUAUUCAAUCAUUAUCACAUGAUCACAACCCUUCAACUUCAACUUCUUCAUCUUGUUCUAAUAAGUGGUGGCUCAUUAAAGUUUUUCAGGACCCAAAUUCUUCCAAACUUUACCUCUUAGAUCUCUUCACUAAUGAGAGACUAACAAUUGAGGAGACUAUGGAAAACAGUUUGAAUUUGAUGAACUUUCGAGUUGAGGAGUUGUUCGAAUUAUAUACUCUUUGUCUUAAAGUUGAAACUGAUUUCAGCUUUGAGCCUAGUAGUUAUGUUUGUAAAGUAAUCUUGUUUUCUGUUGAGGAUCGUUGCAUGGUCUUCGAACUCGAUUGUGAUGAAAUUUUGACAGUUUCCGAUAUCGGAAAGAACAAAACGACCGUCUUAAAGGAUGAUGGUGAAGAAAAUAAGUAUUUAGAUGAUAUAAUACUUUACAAGGGACAGGUUUAUGUUGUGGAUAAAAUGGGAACACUUUUCUGGAUCAAUGCUUCCUCUUUGAAGUUGGUUCAGUUUUCGCCGAUAAACUUGUGGUGCGAAGAAAAUAUACAGAAAUGGGAUUCUGAUAUAAACAUUGUGGAGUAUGAUGGAAACCUCUAUGUGGUUGUUUUGUAUAAUGUUUUUGUGGAAGUUUUUAAGCUUGAUCAAGAAUGGGGCAAAUGGUUAAAUGUGAAAGAUUUGGGUGAUGUUUCGUUUGUUUUAGGUACAGACUCAAAUUUUGCGUUGUUGGCUAAAGAUUAUUAUGGAUGCGAAAGAAAUUGCAUCUAUUAUAGCUAUUUUUGUUUCAGCUUGGAGAAUUCAAUGUCUAAACCUUGUAAUAUUUUUUGGCCUUGUCCAACUUUGUUUCAUCCAAAGAACAAGUAA